AUGCUGCGGAGGAACCGAUGGCGGAACGACCCUCAGGCGCCGCGCUUCCGGGCCACACCCCCAGCUGUUGAGGGCGGGCCACGCCUCCUCGGCGCGCGCGACGAGCGGGAGCCGGGGGCGGUGAGGUGGAGGGGGAGAGGGGGGACGAGGGCAGACCGAGACCCUCGGGGAGAGGGGAAAUCGGCGGGGAGAUCGGGUGGGCCGCGGAGCGCCGGCUCCCACAGGUGGCCCCGGUGCCCCGAGGCGAUGGCCGAGGACCGAGAUGUUCGAUUUGUCACCGAGGAGAGCUUCGACUUCGGUGUGCUGUCACCGUCUGACAGCCAGGAGGAAGAGGAGGAUGAGGAUAGCCCGGGAAGGGGGUGCCGGCACGGGGACAGCAAUGGGCGCUGGAGUCCCCUCAGUGGGCCCCGUCUGGAAGAGAUGGUGCGGGAGGCCACGCGCUUGGCAGCACAGUUGGAGGGGUGUCACCUGCCCCCUCCCGCUCCCGGAGACACCCCCGGACCCACCACCACGCCCCCCAGCACACCCCGCAGCCCCCGCCGCCAGACCUUCGUGGUGAAGGACAGCCCGGUGCGGGCACUCCUGCCCACCGUGGAGUCUCAGGGACCUGCCCCCAUCUCCCCCCCUGCCAAGCCCCGGGGGGCCUCUGCUGCCACCAGCGUCCCCAAGGCAGCCCCCAGCCGUAAUUCCACAGCAGCGGCAAAGGGACCCUUGGGUGGCAGGGGGCUCCCCCCCAGCCGCACAGGCCCGCCCCGGCCAUGCCCUCCCCAGGGACAGAGGGCUGGUGCCCGGGGCAGGUCAGAGCCCCCCCAGAGGGGGACAGCAGGCCAGGCUAAGGUGAGGGGGGGCACAGUCUCCUGCCCCCCAACCCGCCAGCCCCACACCAGGACCACCACCACCCCUGUCCCCUCCGGCUGUUCCCCGGCACCCACUGCCCUCCCCAGGGUGUCCCCUCGGACUCCAGCAGCAGGUGGGAGGACCCCCACCCCCAGAGGUGCAGGGGCAGCACGGGCAGCCCCCACAACUGGUGCCUCGGGGUGCAAACCAGGACCCCCUCCCACCCGCCUGCGGCCCUCCCGCAAGACGGCGGUGAGCAGCACCCCGAGGUGACACCCCCAAACCACCCCACACCCACCCAGAGGCCCUGGGGGCACCCAGACCCCCCCUAGGUACCAGCUAAGGUACCUAGGUUGGGGGUGGGGGGCAGAGCCAAGGCCACCCCAGGGAUGAGUUGAGACAUCCACUGGGUUUUGGAAGGAGGCAGGCAGCACCAGGGUCCCCCAGGGAGCAGCCAAGGCACCCGUUGGGUUGACAGGUUGCAGGGCAGAGCUGGAACCCACAGGGACCAGCUGAGGUUGGGGUGGCCGAGCCAAGGGCGUCCCCAGGGAUGAGCCGAGGCACUCAUUGAGUUUUGCUUUAAUUACAAAAGGUCUCAUCAGCAGUAGGAAACCCCCCACAUUCCCCAGCACCCAGGGGCCCCUCAUCCCCCCAACACCCAUCCCUGGGUUCCCCCACCUGAGCCUCACCCCUGGGCAGGGGUGUCCCAGAUUUCCCUGUAACCCCUAGCUGAUCCCCCCUCCACAUGCUCCCCACCUGGGGGAGUUGGCACCAUGGGACAGGUUGCACCUUUGUGGGAGUUGGCACCUUGGGGGGCAAGGGGGGUUGGCACAACGGGGGAAGUUGGUUAUAAAUUCCUUUUUUUGUAUUUUCAUGUAUUUUUUAAAUAAAACACUCUG